AUUGCAUAUAUACACGUCGCUUUUGUAGUUUUGUAUACCCCGUUCCUUCUCUAUCCAUCUAUCUAGUAAAACAGACAAAGCCCAUCCAUAUAUCUAUAUAAAGAACUAAUCAUCCAAAUUUUAAGUUUAUUACUUGCAGAGAAAGGAUAUUAACCGAAAGAGAAAGAAAAGGAGUUAGAGAUAGAGAGAUGGAAGCUGUAGAGGGGCAAGAACAGUUGGUGCAAUCCAGGGUUAUGAGGGUGCUGUCAGAAGAAUCAUGGAACUAUUUCAUGACUCAAGCUAGCAGUGAAGGCUGCCCUGUAGCCAUACAUUUUACUGCUGCUUGGUGCAUGCCAUCUGUUGCCAUGAACCCUGUUUUUGAAGAAUUGGCUCUGACUUACGAAGAUAUCUUGUUUCUUGUGGUGGAUGUGGAUGACGUCAAGGAGGUAGCAACAAAAAUGGAAGUGAAGGCAAUGCCAACGUUUUUGGUGAUGAAACAAGGAGGCGGCCAAGUAGUGGAUAAGGUUGUUGGUGCAAAUCCUGAGGAGAUAAGGAAAAGGAUUGAUUCCUUUGCUCAGUCCAUUCGUGCUUCUAAAUGACACACACACCAUACAUAACUUCCGUAAUGUCCCUUGGAAGCCUUUUGUUUUUCUUUUUUUUAUCUACGUGCAAAUCCUUUGAAGUACUUAUGCGUGGCAUGUUUUGUUUAUGUAAAAAUGUAUGUUGGUAUCUUAUAAUGGAAUCUACAACUAGAACCCACACCUGACAUGAGCGAACAUUUGGCCUGGUCGUGUAGCAUGGAUCGUAAGAGCUUCUCCAAUAAACUGUGUGUGAGUAAAGAAAAAUUAAUUUUAAUCUACGUCAGAAUUUAUUUU